CGUAGAAGGAAGGCGAACAGGCAGUUUCUUCAGGGCGCGCCCUUCCCCCGUCUCCUUUCCGGCCUUCUCCCAAUACGCAGGCGCACAAAGUCAGCCAAGAUGGCGGCCCCCGUGGAUCUGGAGUUGAAGAAGGCCUUUUCAGAGCUUCAAGCCAAAGUUAUUGACACUCAACAGAAGGUGAAGCUUGCAGACAUACAGAUUGAACAGCUAAGCAGAACGAAAAAGCAUGCGCAUCUUACAGAUACAGAGAUUAUGACUUUGGUAGAUGAGACUAACAUGUAUGAAGGUGUAGGAAGAAUGUUUAUUCUUCAGUCCAAGGAAGUAAUUCACAACCAGCUAUUAGAGAAACAGAAAAUAGCAGAAGAAAAAAUUAAAGAACUGGAAAGAAGGCAAGAGAAGAAAAUACAAGCGAGGUGGUGAUGGGAAUCACGAGAGGAAGAAGGAGCUUGUGGACCUGUAGUUGAAGCAGUGCCUUAACUGGAUCACGUUUUGAAUCUGAAUUGGAAAAUAUUUUUUGCCUAAAUUUUUAAGCUUUGAUGCUUUUCCUUCCUUUAGGAAGACUAAACAAAUUCCAGAUCAUGAUAAAAGGCUUUGGCCAGUAAUCAUAGUUAGGUCAGAAGAAGUAUAUGCACAUAAAAAAGAAUGUUUGCUGUAUGUCUUGAUUAUACAAAGUUCUUUGGGGCUAUGGUUUGAUUAUGGAGGAGUUUUGUUGUUGCUUUCCAUCUAUAUAUAUAAAAACCCAAAACCCUCUCACUAUAUAAGAAACAUUAAUUGAGCACCUAUGAUCUAGAUCUGGGGGGUAUAAAGAUAAGACACUUGGUCCCUGCCCUCAAGGAACUUAGAGUCUGUCGUACCUACUACGUGUCAUGCACUGAUGGACAAUGAAGACAAAAUUAACAAAGGCCCUGAUGGCAUGGACUUAUAUUCUGGAGGGUGGAAAGGGAAAACAGAUAAUAAGCAAAUAAUGUGAUUGAUAAAUGCUAUAAAGAAAAACACUACAGGUUAAGGAUUUGGAAAAUGAUGGGAGUAUAUGUGCUGUUUUAUGUAGUAUUGACGGGAGUUCUCUCUGAUAAUGUCAUAUUUGAGCAGAGUUGAAGGGAGUGAGGGAGUAAACCAUGUGGACAUCUUGGAGGAGAAAACCGUAUGGACAUUGUCUUAGCCUUGGGUCCUAUAGAGGAGCGAAACCUGUUAAGCGUAUAUAUACAUAUAUAGAGAGAGCGAUGUAGGAGACCGGCAACUCCCAAAUCCAUGGCAGCAGGCUGGAGGCAUCUCCUGACUCACGUGGUUGCAGGGGCUGACCAACCCAAACUCUGCAGGUCAGUCAGCAGGCUGCUGGUUCAUAGGGUUGUGGGAGCUGGCAAAUCCAAAAUCUGCAAGUCAGAUGGUAGGCUGCUGGCUCACGUCCAAAGAACCACAGGUCAGAGGUUGUUGAGAUGGAUGUAGGAUUGAGAGAGAGAGAGAGAGAGAGAGAGAGAGAGAGAGCUUUCCCAGAACAUCCAUAUAUAUUGGAUAUAGGCCACACCCCCAAGAAAACUCCCCUUCCAACUGAUUGGCUGCUCACAUCGGAUCACAAAAUGGAGGAUGAUUACAUAAUAAAUGCCAAACCAGUGAGAAUCAUGGCCUAGCCAAGUUGACACAUAACAUUAGCCAUCACAGAUGUCUUGGAGAAGUUUCCAAAUAUGGAAACCUUGAAGUGAGAACAUAACUGAUGGGUAGGGAGGACAGCGAAGAGGCCAGCAGAGCUGGAGCUGAGUGAUCAAAGUAGAGAAUGGUAGGAGAUGAAAUUGGAGAGGUAGCUGGGGCUAGACUGUGUAGGGCAUUGCAGGCCGUAUUAAGGAUUUUGCAUUAUGCUCUGGAAUUGUAAGCUUUUGGAAAGUUUUGAGCAGAGGAAUGGCAUGAUCUGACUUACAUUUUAAAAGAACCAGCCUGGCUGCUGUGUUGAGAAUAGAUCAUAAAGUAUACAGCCAAGAUGACUGUGUGGAGGAUUGAAAGAAAGCAGUCAAAGAUGACUUUGAAGUUUUUGACCUGGAAUUAAGGAAUAAUAUUCCCUCCCCUGCACAUAAAUCACUCAUUCUCCUGGUAGAGAUGUCUGAAAUGGGUUCAUGGGAGAGGGGAUAUUUAAGCUCAGCUUUGGAGGUCAAUAAGAAUUUUGCUAGAUGAGCCUGGGGCAGAAGACAGCACGUCAAAUUAAAGAAAUAAUAUGGACAAAGGCCUGGAAGUGUAAUGGUGGUUGGAUAGAGAGUUGGAGUGGGAAAUGAAGGUGCUUUGUGUAAAUACUACUUAUUCUGGGCAAGUAGCUAUUCUCAGUGCCAAUGCUCUUCAUCAAGUGUGGUUCCACACAGCAUUCCAUGUGUACUGGGCUUCUCAGGGUUGUCCUGCUACAGACAUUCCACAUGUUUAUGGGAACAGAUGUGCUACUGAUAAUCCAUAGAUCAGCAUUUUCUAGUCAGUGUUUAAGUUUCAAAACUAAUUUUAAAAGCAAAGAGAAAAUUUGGGUUGAGCCAUAUCAUCUUUGAGAUGACUGUUAGAUACUCAAGUGGAGAUGUUAAAUAGACAGAUAUAUGAAUCUGGAGCCACUGGCUAGUGAAAUAAAAUUGAGAGUUGUCAAUUUAUAGAUGGCAUUUAAAGCCAUAGAACUAGAUUAGGUGAGCUAAGGGGAAACAGUAGAUAGAGAAGGGAUGAGGUUCAUGGACCCAGCCUGGGGCACUUGUGUGCUCACCACAGUGGGAUGGGAAGCUCUUUACAGACAUAUGGACAGUGUGCAGUGUGAGCCCAGGGAACUGAAUAGAUGCCCACGUGGGCAAGCAUCUGCUGAGGAGGGGCCCAGCUAAAGGGAUGGGACCAACUCCCUCCAUGGUUAGGGGGCUGCUUUUUAUGGGCUACCCAGACCAUGGCUUUGUGGUGGCAGCAGGAGCUGUCAGCUCUCUUAGGCCUGAGUUACAAGUACUUUGUGUCCUUCCAUUACUAGCACUGACCCUGGAGCUGAGCAGGCCUGGGGACAGCUUGUCUGUUCUACUUGGGAGUGGUUGAAGAAGGUAAAGUUGAUGGUAAGUCAGGCUUAGAGCUCACUGCUUUGUGUGGGGGACCACACUGAAGGCAGUGGUUGAACACAGUUAAUUUAGAGAUAAGAGACCUUGCCAUGUAUCUAUGAUAUCUUGAGUAAAAUUUGAGGGAGGUGAGUACUUACAUGGGCAAAAACAAACAUGCCUCCUAGUUUUGAACAGUUCUUCCAAGGUUAAAAUGCCUUAAAGGGAUUUUAUAGUAACUAGUGGUGCAGUGGUGGCAUAGUGGUUGGGAGCUGUGGCUGUAAACCAAAAGGUCAGCAGCUCAAAUCCACCAGCUGCUCCAUGGAAACCCAAUGGGGGCAAUUCUGUUCUGUCCUGUAGGGUAGCUGUGAGUCAGAAUCAACUCGAGAGAGCAAUGGUUUUUUCUUUUUGUGGGGGGAGGGGUUAGUUCCUCUGCUGUUCCUCUACACACUCAUACCUAUGCAUGUACAUGUGUGCACUUUCCUACCCUCUUUCAGGUACAAGUGUGGUAAGAAGAGCUUCAGUCUUUAGAAUAUUUUUUCAGGUUUAUCUCAAAGAAUCUUCGUAAGCGAUAAGUAUUGCUAUUUCUUCUUUGCUCUGAUACAUAUAACUUAAUGCCUUGAGAUAGUAAGAAUAUGAACUCUAGAAUCAGGUGAAUAUGAGUUUGAACUCUGGGUCACCACUUACUACUACCUUGGGUAAAUUAUUUAGCAUCUCUAAGCCUAAACGGAGCCCCUGGAUGGUGCAAGUGGUUCAGUACUUGACUACUAAUCCAAAGGUUGGCAGUUCAAACCCACCCAGAUAGGCCUGGUGAUCUGCUUCCAAAAGGCCGCAGCCUUGAAAAUCCUGUGGAGCAGUUCUCUGCACACAUCGGUUGCCAUGAGUCAAAAUCAACUUGAUGGCAACUGACAACAGUAAGCCUAAAUUUGCUUGUGUGCACAGUGACAACAACAGCAGCAUUGUUGUAAAUAAUCCUUUUUCUCUUGCCCAAGUAUGGAACCAACUGAAAGGAGUCAGGCAGAUGGAUAUAAAAAUUUUAUCUUUAUUACUAAUAAAAACUAGUUUGAAGCAUGCGGCUUAGCUGUUCAGCAGUGAUGGGUUCCUAAUAAUGAUCCAAAUUAAGCUACAAAUUAGAUGAAUUUUACCCAUCUAUUUCCUGCAAGUGCAGGACAACCACAGGUUUCUCUGCAGGGAGGCAGGGCCAGUCUGUAAAAUUUAAGAGGAGAAUGUGUGCCUUCUGCAAACAGGCAGGUCCCGGCAGAGCGAAAGAGGCCGAGCCACAUGAACUCAGUUCCUGUUCCAGACACGCCAUUCACCAAAGCCACUCCUCUUCUGAGGGUAGAUUGAGGAGGCCAGGACUGUAGCUCAUGAAAAAUGGAAGAUGAGAAGGAUAGGCAUUUCUCCCUUACCAAAAGUUCCUGCCUUGUAACAUACUGCAUGUGAAUCACUCGGCACCAUGCCAGGUACACAGUAAAUACUCAGUAAACUCAGGAUUUUGUUAGUCCAGAUGGGGAAUGGUCAGCAGCUAUUUACUGAUGGAACACAUUGCCACCACGUGCUUAUAAGAUAGAGUUUUUUUGUUUUUUUUUUAAUUUGGAAAAAAAAGAUCUACAAAUGUACGAAAACUAAUUUAACAACUACCUGUGCACUCACUGCUCAGAAUUAAAUGUUGGCAUAUUUACUUUUUUUGUUGUUUGUUACAAAAAUAAAACAUUGCUAAUGAAAUCGAAGUCUCUUUUGUAACCUCCCCCACCACCUUUCCAGUCUUAUUUCUUUUCCCUCUUCUGUAGAAGCAACCACUAUCAGGAAUUUAGUGUCUUAUGGUCAAUGAAUGACAUCAUACUGUUCACAUCUUUCAGCGAUUUUUUUCAUUAACGAUAGGUUUUUAAAGCCGUAUCCAUGGGUAAUAAAUACAUGUAGUUCAUUCAUUUUAACUGCUUUAGGGUGUUCCAUAAGAACCUAUAAUUUUCUAUAUUUUAUUUGAAGGACCCACUCUUGACAGCUUCAGUAUACACCUUGUAAAAGUGGCCAUGGGGACUGAUGACUGCCUUCCAUGUGUAGCGUAAACAUAGCCAUCCUUGGUAGGGCGAGUUGAUGGGCUCUAGGUAGCAAAUGCUAGCAGAUUAGUGAUAUCUGCUGCUCUUAUUUCCUAGUAGCCAUGGAUUCUGUGGUAAAGCCAUGUUAUGGACUUGGUGGCCACUGCCCAUGUUUUAGAAACGGAGAUCACAUGCCCUUCACACAGCCAGAACCAGAAUCAGUCUGGGAAAAGAAAAGGAGAUCAGAGUGGGGGAUCAGGAUCCCAGAUUCUGGACUCCAACCACUAUAUCCUUCAUCUUUACUCUGAAAAAAAUGGGGAUUCCUGUGCCAUGGGUGGAUACUCCCAGUAGCUGAGCCUUCUAAUAUUUGUGGUCCUUGCCUUAUAAAAUAAUAGAUACCCCCACCCCCAACACAUACAACACCAACUUUUGAGUACAGAGAGUACAAGUAGGGUCUAAGUGGCCUAGCAUCUGGAAAUUGAAGACAGGGCAAAAUAAAAACCACCCCUUGAAUCAUAUUUACAAAGAAAAGUGUGCAAAGGACUCUUUUAUUACUCCAGUGUCGUUACAGAUUUAAUUGGUGUUAUGUCAGCUACUUAGAGCUAAUAGCAUAUUAAACUUCAGUCUGUUUGCACCAGUUCCAUGGUAAAUUGGUGGGUGUGGAGUUAUGGACAAGUGUCAGCUAUGACGUUUGGUCUGUAGAGUGAUUGCAUCAUGGUCUGAGGCCAUAUUAAGGCCUGUAUCAUCCUUGAUGGAGAAGUAUCACUGGGUGAUGUGGAUCUGACCUCUCACACGUCCCUCAGAACACUCAGAGCUGUGAGCAAGACCCUGGAUUCAUUGUCUGGCCUACAUGCUUAGCUUAGCAGUAUAAACAAUGUUUUCUUAGGUGAUACUGACAGGUAUAACUAUGACUUCUCUUUCUUAAUUGAAAGAAAGCCAGGGUUUUUCAGAAGCUUUAUAAAUAGACCUUUGAUAUUGUAGUUCUUCAGUUCUGCCCUCUGCUGACCUGUACAAAUCGGAUGAGUCACACAUCUGUGGCUGCAGUGGCUUUGAGCUCUUGCUUGUUUUCACUGUCUCCAGGUCCUUUUAUGGGUUUCCGGUCGCCGUAUCUCUAUUUUUUUAGUUGUAUAAAUAUGUUACUCGAUUGGAAAGUAGUAGUGUGAUCACAUAGAAGUUUCCUCACCCAUGUUUGUUCAUUGGCUCUUCCCAGAGUAUUUAUUUAACUCAUGAAUCUAAAUGCUUAAUGCUUCUGCUGAUAACAUUAAAGUUAAUUUUCAGAAAUUAGUAUGUCAGUUUAUUUUACCCUGGUCAGUUUGUGUGUGUGUUACUCUGUAUUUGGGUGGAGUAAAGACUGAUUUGCUGUGAAAAUAAUUCAUUAAAAUUUGCCUUGCCAUGCCUGUUUUUAAACACAGUACUUUGAUGUUGUAUCUUUUCCCCUUGUGGUACACCUUUUUGAGAAGAAUAGGAUUUUUUUUUUUUAAUCGAGGUAAAAGUCACAUAACAUAAAAUUCACAAUUUUAACGUGUAAAAUUCAGUGGCUUCCAGCACAUUCAGUGUUGUGCAACCAUCACCAUUAUCUAAUUCUAGAACAUUUUCUUCACCCCUGGAAGAAAGCCUGUGCCCAUGAAGCAAGCAGCCCUGGUGGUGCAAUGGUUAAGGACUCAGCUGCUAACCAAAAGGUCAGCGUUUUGAACCCACCAGCCACUCCGCAGGAGAAAAGACCUGGUGAUCUCCUACCAUAAAGAUUACAGCCUAGGAAACCCUAUGGGGCAAUUCUACCCUGUCACAUAGGGUGGCUAGGUGUCAAAACUGAGUCGACAGCAUGCACCGACAACCCAUUAAGCAGUCACUCCCCGUGUUCCACUCUCCCUGGCCUCUGGCAAACACUAAUCUACUUUCUGUCUCUAUGGAUUUGCCUAUUCUGGGUGUUUUAUAUAAAUGGUGUCAUAUAAUAUGUGGCUUUUUGUGUCUGGCUUCUUUUACUUAGCGUAAUGUUUUCAAGGUUCAUUCAUAUUGUAGAAUGCAUCAAUAUUUCACUCCUUUUUAUGGCCAAAUAAUAUUCCAUUAUAUGGAUUGAUCACAUUUUGUUUAUUCAUUCAUGCAUUAAUAGACAUUUGGGUUGUUUCCACUUUUUGGCUAUUAUGAAUAAUGUGGUUAUCAAUGUUCAUGUACAAGUUUUUAUUGGAACACCUGGUUUCAGUUCUGUAGGGUUUGUACCUAGGAGUGAAGUUGCUGGGUCCUGUGGUAAUUUUAUGUUUCAACUUUUUGAGGAACUGCCAAACUGUUUUCCACAAUGACUGCACCACGUUACAUGGUGCAGUUCCAAUUUCUCCACAUCUUUGCCAACACUUGUUAUUUUCCAUUUUUAUUAUACCCAUCCUAGUGGAUGUGAAGUGGUAUCUUAUUGUGGUAUUGAUUUUCAUUUUUCUAAUGAUGUUGAACGUCUUUUCGUUUGCUUAUUGGCCAUUAAUAUACCUUCUUUGGAGAAAUGUCUAUUCAGCUCCUUUGCCCAUUUUUAAUUGGGUUGUUUGUCUUUUUGUUGUUGAGUUGUAAGAAAAUAGAAAUUCUUGACUUGGCUUGGAGCAGAGAGCAGUAUGGGACUGAUUUCAGACUUGCCAUACAUACCUGCGUGCUAGUCUUGCCCCCACAGUUGAGUCAGUUACACCUCCACUUCCAAGAAUGUAAGGUGUUGUCCUUACUUCCUCUCUCAGCUGGCACACCCUUAAUCACCUACCCCUUUACCAUGCCUACAGGCCAAACUCCAUGAUAAACACUGUUAAUUUGAUCCCCUUGCUCUUCUUAUAAGACUGGGACAAACUAAAGAUGAACUGAAAUAGUAAGAAUUUUUGUUUUGUUUUGUUAUUUGGAAGACUUCUAGAGUUUUAAUAGUCCCUUUUAUUGAUUAAUAAAAAAAUUAAUAGCUGGCUUUAUAUCCUGGAGAAGCAGAAAAAAAAGAUGUAUAUUAGGAAAUUUGUGCUUCUGCAAAAUUCGUUUUCUUGAAGUUUCUCUAUUAUGUAUUAUGUACAUUUAUUUUUCACAUAUGAUGAAACUUAGAAAAAUUUGCUCUUUGCAGAUUGUAAUUUUAAAUUUUGUUUGUUUUAGAAAGGAAAUAAAGACUCCAGGGUUUUGUUUCUGGGUUGUGGUAUUGGUAGUGGUCUCUGUGCAUCCUUUUCCUGAACUGUUUUUGCUCAAUUCAUGAACAGACAAAUAUUUGUUAUGUUUAGUAUACCCUUAAUACAUUUAUACUCAUAGAAUUCUCAGCUAUGCCAUUGUGUGGUCUCUGAAGGGCAUUCUCUUUGUGUCCUCAUUUCCUGAACAUAGCUUUUCAGCCCAGCUAAUCAUUUCCUUGGGCUUAAUUAUACUGAUACUUCCACAAGCUUGUGUUGGAUCUGCACAAAGCCCGGUGUCUCAUCAAAGGUAGGAAGUAAAGCUAUUUGUCCUGAUACUACGGUAUGUCUGCUCUUGAGGCUCAUCUGUAACAAUGAAAAUAUGAGGUAAUUUGGCGUCAUGGAGCUUUAGGGUCAGAACUCAAAGACCCAAAGACUUUUUUUUAAGGUGAAAGGUAUCCUACAGGCCCCUGAGGUACCACUCCCCUCCUCAACCUCCAGGCGUUUCUGACAUGUUGUCACUGUUCCUACUUAAACACAUCCAGCGAUUUCCAGUGUGAUCUUGUUCUUUUUCUUGAACUACCUCCUCUUCCCUUGGCUUCUAUGACACACAGUCUCCCUCCUUUUUUUAAUGUUUUCUUUUGGCUAAUUCCUUCUCUUCCUUCCUACUUAAAAUGUUAGAUUUUUUCGAGGCUGAGCCCUAGGCUGUGUCCUCUAGUUCUGUGUUCUUUCUCUAGGAAUUUCAUCCAUUUUCACGGCCUCAAGUACUACCUGUAUUCAAAGUUAUAUCUCUAGCCCAAACUUCAGACCCACUCUGGUUUUCUUCUCACAUCUUAUUUAGAUAUCUCACAGUUACUUUAAACGCAACAUGUCCAAAACAAAGCUCAUAAUCUUUCCUUCCAAACCUGCUCCUCUUCUUGGAUUCCUUAUCUCAGUGAAAGGUAACACCAUGUAGCUAGUGUGCAAGCCAGACAUUUUGGGAGUCAUUCUUGACACCUUACCUCUCCAGCUUCUGAUAUCUAAUGAAGAAUAUAGUGAAGAAUUUAAUGAAGUCCUGCUGUUUAUUUUCCUCCUGAAUACUCUUUAAUCUAUCUGCUAUUCUCCUUUUCCAUUGCCAUCACUAAGAUACUAUCAUCUCUCUCCAAGACUGUUGCAAUGGCCUCCUAAUACGUUUCUCAGCAUUCAUACUUGUAGUCCCUAAUCCAAUGCUUCCCAACCUUUUCUACGUCAGAGCGCCCAGAAAAUAAUAAUAUUUGCACAAUUCACUGGAGUAAGUGGACAGGGUUGCUCAAGGUUGGAGGCAGUUUGCCCAGGGGGGCUUUGGCUUCCCUGGACCUACCCCAGCCGCCCCAAGGAUUGAAGGGAUCAUUCAUUACUUUGGGUACAUCUGUUACCCAUUCAUGGCUCCUAGAGCAGUUUGUUGGGAAGCUGUGCUCUAAUUCACUGUCUGUGUUGGAGCCAGAGUGGCAUUUUGUUUCCAGUGGAAAUUUGAUUUCUGCCACUCCUGCUUCAAACCCAGUGCCUUACCAGAAUCUUUAAUAUUGCUUAAGACCCUACGUCAUUUGAUUCGACCACAUCAGUCUUGUCUCUCUAUAUUGUCCCCCUCUCUUUCUGUGCUACAGCCUCACUGGCUGACAUUUAGUUUUCCCGACAUGCUUUGUUCGAUUUGACCUUUGCAUAGCUGCGCCAUUUGCCUGAAUUGUUUUCUCCCCCACUCUGACCUCUCCACUUAGUUCCUACUCAUUCUGCAGUCCUAAGUUCAAAAGUGUUUCUGUGAUUUCCUUGAUUAUGUCGUGUUUUCUCCAUGAAAUACUGUACUUUUCCCUCAGAGCACUUAUUACAGUGUGUGCCCUGCAACAGAUAAGUAUGUGACUUGUUCACUGCUUUUUUUUCUAAUCCCAGUGCCUAGAAGAGGGCCUAGCAUAUAUUGGGUGCUCAAUAAAUGUUGGUUAAAUAAAUUAUGUGCCAGUUCUUGGUGCUGGAGAUAAAGCAUUAAUCAAGUCAGACAAGAUCCUUACUGUCAGGGAGUUUAUAACCAGUGCAGGGAUAUAGACAAUAAAGAGAAAUAAGUAAGAAAGUACUAUGUAGUAAAAGUGAUGUUUUACAGAGUGACUGGGGACCUCUUGUGGGUUGAGUUGUCAGGGAAGCCUCUCUGAAAAAGGCGAGGUUUUAUCUAAGAUCUGAGUGAGAAAAAGUAGCCAGCUAUUUAAAAGUAUUUUUUUAGAGUGACAUUACAACAAAACUAACUGAAUUAAAAAAGAUCAUAAGAGAAUAUUAUGAAAAAUUAUACUCCAACAAAUUUGAAAGCUUAGAAGAAGUAACAGAUUUCUAGAAACACUACCUAUACAAACAAACACAGACUGAGGUAGAAAAUCUGAACAGACUCAUAACAAAAGCAAAAGUGGGAAGAAGUCAUUAAAAAAAGCUUCCAACAAAAAAAAAGCUGUGGUCCAGACGGCUUCACCAGAGAAUUCUGCCAAACAUUCAGAGAAGAGAUGAUACCAAUACUAUUCAAACUAUUCCAGGAAUACUCCUGAAUUUGUUCUAUGAAGCCAGCAUAAUCCUGACACCGAAACUAGGCAAAGACUCCACUAAAAUAGAAAAUUAUAGACCAAUAUCACUCAUGAAUAUAGAUGCAAAAAUCCUCAACAAAAUUCUAACCAAUAGAAUGCAACAGCAUAUGAAAAAUAAUGUAUCACGACUAGGUGGGAUUUAUAUCAGGUAUGCAAGGAUGGUUCAACAUUAGAAAAUCAUCGUAAUCCACCACAUAAAUAAAGAACAAGAAUCACAUGAUGAUCUCAAUCAAUACAGAAGAGGCAUUUGAUAAAGUCCAACACUCUUUGUUGUUGAUAAAAACUCUCAGCAAAAUAGGAAUAGAAGGGAAAUUCCUCAAAAUAAUUGAGGGCAUAGAUGCAAAACCAAUAGCCAACAUUAUUCUCAAUAGAGAGACUGAAAACAUUCCCCUUGAGAAUGAGAACUAGACAAGGAUGCCCUGUAUCACCACUCCUAUUCAGUAUUGUACUGAAAGUCCAAGCUAGAGCAGCCAGGCAACAAAGGGAAAUGAAGGGCAUACAGAUUGGUAAGGAAGAAGUAAAACUAUCCCUAUUUGCAGAUGAUAUGAUCAUAUACAUAGAAAAUCUCAGAAGACUCCACAAGAAAGCUACUGGAACUAAUAAAAGAAUUCACCACAGUAGCAGGGUACAAGAUCAGCAUACAAAAAUCAGUUGGAUUCUUCUACAUCAACAAAGAGAACUCCAAAAAGGAAAUCAGGAAAACAAUACCAUUUACAAUAGCCCUCAAAAAGAUAAAAUACUUAGGAAUAAACCUGACUACAGAUGUAAAAGACUUAUACUAAGAAAACUACAAAAUACUACUGCAAGAAAACAAGAGAGACCUACAUAAAUGGAAAAAUAUACCAUGCUGAUGAAUAGGAAGACUUUAACAUUGUGGAAAUGUCAGUACUACCCAAAGCAAUCUACAAAUAUAAUGCAACCCUGAUCGAAUUCCAACAACGUUCUUUAAUAUGAUGGAAAAACUAAUCACCAACCAUAUAUGGAAGGAGGCCCUGAGUAAGCAAAGCAUUAUUGAAGAAGAACAAAGAAGGAGGCCUCACACUCACACUCUCCAACCUCAGAACCUACUAUACAGCCACAAUAGUCAAAACAGCAUGUUACUGGUACAAUGACAGACACAUAGACCAGUGGAACAAAAUUGAGAACGCAGAAGUAAAUCCACCCACUUGUGGGCAGCUGAUCUUUGACAGAGUCGAAGUUCAUUAAAUGGGGAAAAGAAAAUCUCUUUAACAAAUGGUGCUGGCAAAACUGGAUAUCCAUUUGCAGAAAAAUGAAAGAAAAUCGAUACCUCACAUCAUUCAUAAAAAUUAACUCAAAAUGGGUCAAAGACCUAAAUGUAACCAAGGCAGUGAAGCUUUGGAGAAGGCAAGUGGGGAUGGAAUCCAUGGCUAAGUGGAAGGAUUGUUUUCUGAUUGGAGUGGAGACACUCUAUCCGUUUUAACAUUAGGAAAAGAAGAAAGUAUAUGUACAGGUACAGGUGGUACAAAGAAGAGAGAAUUCUGUCAGAUAGCGUAUAUUUUCUAUUGAAGCUUGAGACAAAAUCAUCAGCUGAGUGAGAAGGGAAAGGAAUAUAGGAGAUUUGAGAAGACAACAAAGUAUGAAAUAAUUAUUUUGGAAAGUAGACACGUGCACAUACUAAGGAACUUUAAUAGAAUCUCCAGACAGCGUUAAGUGCCCAUUUGAGAUUCAUCGGCCUGAAUUUAAAGUGAGGUCAUUCAGCUGUUCAGGUACAAACAUGGAAUGUUAGAUGGUUGUGUUUAGGCUCGGUUGACUUUUUGCCAGACAAAUUACAACAGAAGGAGAAAGGGAGAAGAGAAAAGGGUGUUUGUAAGGGGAAUAAAUAAUAACUUAAUGGACUACAGGAGGGGGAAAAAGGCUAUGGGAGCGUAUUGGAUAAUGAAGAACUUGUCCUUGAAUGAGGAGGUUGAAGAAAUGUUGGAAUGAGCGUAUCAUAUAUGAACAAGUGGCCUGGAGGAAUAUGAGGCAAUAGUGGUGAUCAGAGUGGGAUGUUUGAAGUUGAAAUUUCAGAGGUAGUGAUGACAAAAUCUAGGGAGUGACCAUGGGCUGGGUGGUUGAGAUGGGGUAAAGUUAAAAUUGUAGGGGAGAGGAGGUCUGGUACCGGAUGGGUCAUCUACAUUCUUGUUCAGUCAGCUUGAAUGGUGCAGUGGUGGUGGAGAGGAAGAUAGUGAGCCAUUGAUGGAUGAGAGGUAGUAACCAGGAUAUUGGUGGAUUACAGCACUGAGGGGAAGUGGAUAGUAAAGCACGAUGCCAUGAACUUCAAAAGAACCAGGGUUUUUGCAGGAAGGAGGAGGAGAAGCGAUUUGGCAGUAGGGUGACUGAAUGAAUGGAAGGAUGGCUAGCUGGAAAUGUAUGCUCUUAUUAGGCAGCUUUCACUGAAAGUUAAAAAUCUCUGAACUGUCGUCUCCCUGCUGGACUCAGUAUCUUUGAAGGCUCCCUCUUCUUUAAGAACAGAGGUUGGCAAAUUAUAGUUAUGGCCUGUAGCCCAAAUCUGGCCUGCUGCCAAUUUUUGUAAAGGGUUUUUUGGAACACAGCUGUAUCCAUAAAUUUACACCAUACCUGUUUGUUUACCCAUUGUCCUUGAUAGAUCUUGUACUAAGACUAGAGUAGUUGCGACAGAGACCAUUCUGCAAAGCUGAAAAUAUUUACUAUCUGGCCCUUUACUGGCUCCUGCUUUAGAAUAGUGGUUCUCCAACUUGAGUGUUCAUCAGAAUCACCUGGUUGUUGCUUUUAAGUGCUUUUGAAUCAGUUCCAACUCAUAGCUACCCUGUGUACAACAGAAUGAAUCACUGCCUGGUCUUGUGCCAUCCUCACAAUCGUUGUUGUGUUUGAGCCCAUUGUUGCAGCGACUGUCAAUCAUCUUGUUGAGGGUUUUCCUCUUUUUUGCUAACCCUUUAUUUUAUCAGCAUGAUGUCCUUCUCCAAGGACUGGUCCCUUUUCACCAGUCCAAAAUAUGUGAGAUGACAUCUCACCAUCCUCACUUCCAAGGAGCACUCUGGCUGUACUUCUUCCAAGACAGAAUUGUUCGUUCUCCUCGCAGUCCAUGGCAUAUUCAAUAUUCUUUGCCAACACCAUAAUUCAGAGGCAUCAGUUCUUCUUCAGUCUUCCUGAUGCAUUGUCCAGCUUUCACAUUCAUAUGAGGUGAUUGAAAAUAUCGUGGCUUGGGUCAGGUGCACCUUAGUCUUCAAGGUGACACCUUUGUUGUCACUGUGAGUUGGAAUCGACUCAAUAGCAACAGGUUUGGGGUUUUUUGCAGCAGAUUUGCUCAAUGCCAUAUGUCGUUUGAUUCCUUCUUCUUUUUGCUUCUCUUUUCUUUAUUAAUUGGAAUAAUUUGAAAAUUGUAAAUCAUAGGAAAAACGUGGUUAAGAAGGGAUUGAGGCGCAGAAUACAUAAGGAAUUUAAAGCACAGCAAACAUCUGCCUUGAACUGCUUUAGGUCUCAGGCACAGAUCAGUUUUUCUUGGUAAGCUGGAAGCAGUUGGAGGGGGAUCACAAAAUCACUCUGAAAACUCAUGAAAAAUCGUGACAGAAAAUCCAAUUUUUGAAACCGUGAAGAGGAUGGAUUCCGUAUACUAUAGAACAGAAGCUUUACCACAGUCUUGGAAAAGACACUGCAGUGGAUUAUUAAACGGCAGCUUGUGCGCUCUUAUAAAGGAAGCAAAGAUCUCUUGUGAUGAGUGUAGCUUCAGUAUGACCAAAUGAUGUCAGACUAAUCUGUUUCCUUUGUUGGCAUGGAUUUGGAACUAGGUAGGUUAACAGAUACUUUAGAAACGGUAUGUGUUAAUUUCAGAAAGGCAUUUACAAAAAUCUCUUGACAUGCUUUGGGCAACUCAUUAGUUUAUUUAAGAUAUAUUUAUUAAGCACAUAUUAUACGCCAAGCACUAUACUAGCACCAUAAAAAAGGAGAAUAUGGCCUGGAUGAUGGCAGAGCUAGGUAGAUUGACAGCUUUCUAAAAUCUGUACUCCCAAAAUGUGCUUUAUCACAACACAGGGGAGGGAUAACAGUGGUAUCCAGUAAGACUGUAAGAGCCCUUACUGCUUUACAUUUUUAUGAAGGUUGUUAGUUACCUGGAAUUGGUCAAGUUUAAGUGACAUAUUUGAAAACAGAAUUAAGGCUGAGAGGUAUCUUGACAGGGUGAAGUAAUGGGCAAAAACAGACAAAGCAAAAUUAAUUAGAAAGGAUGCAAAUCUUGCACUUAGUUUUAAGGAAUAACUGCACAAGGUUAUGGACUUCUCUAGAGUCUUCAUUAGAACAGAUGCUGACGUGAACACAUCUCAGUCUUUGCAUUUUACUGAAAGGUCACUAUGAGUUAUUAAAUGUAAUCUUUACCAAAAAGUUGACAUAACUUGAGCUUCACUGCCAAAGGCUUAGAUUCAGAAUAAGAGAGUCUACUCCAUACCUGUCAGACUAUUUUUAUGUCGUGCUCAGCCUUGGGUACCAGCAUUCCAAGUUGGGGGCUGUCUGUUUUGGCAGUCUUACCAUAGCCAAAUGAAAUAGUUGAAGAAUGCUGUUAGUUGCCAUUGAGUUGAUUCUGCCUCAUGGCUGUGUUACAGAGUGAAUUGCUCCAUAGAGUUUUCUUGGCUGUAAUUUUUUUUAAUUGUGCUUCAGGUGAAAGUUUACAGAGCAAAUUAGUUUCUCAUUUGCAAUUUAUAUACAGAUUGUUUUGUGACAUUGGUUGCAAUCCCCUGGCUAUGUCAACACUCUUCCAUUCUCCACCCUAGGUUCCCCAUUUCCAUUCGUUGUGUUUUCCUGUCCCUUCCUGCCUUCUCAGCACUGCUUUUGGGCAGGUAUUGGCCAUUUGGUCUCAUUUACAUGAUUGAGCUAAGAAGCAUGUUCCUCAUGUAUGUUAUUGUUCGUUUUAUAGACCUGUAUAAUCUUUGGCUGAAGGGUGAGCUUUGGGAGUGACUUUAGUUCUGAGUUAAAAGGGUGUCUGGGGGCUAUACCAGCAAUUAUGGUCUUUCUUUGUGAAUUUAAAUUUUGUUCUGCAUUUUUCUCCUGCUCUGUCUGGGACCCUCUGUUGUGGUCCUUGUAACAGUGGUUGAUGGUGACACCACUGUGUUGUGUCAUUCUGGACUCAGGCUGAUGGAAGCUCUGGUACUUGUUGUGGUCCAUUAGUCCUUUAAACUAACAUUUCCAAAUGUGUCUUCGGUUUUCUUCGUUCUCCUUUGCUGUGGACAGGAUGGGACCCGUAGAUGUGUCUUAGAUGGCUGCUUGCAAGUUUUUAAGACCCCAGGCACUACUUACCAAAGUUGGAUGUAGACCAUUUUCUUUAUGGACUAUGUUACGCCAGUUGACCUAGGUGUCUCCCAAGAGCAUGGUCCCCAGUCCUCAGCCCAGUAACUCGAUCCCUCAGGGUGUUUGAAUGUGUCUGUGGAGCCUAUGACUUUGCCUUGGUCAUGUUGUGCAGACUUCCCUAUAAUGUGUACUGUCUUUCCCUUCACCAAAAUUACCACUUAUCUACUAUCUAGUUAGUGAUUCCUUCUCCCCACCUUUCCCCUCCCUCCUAACCAUCAAAGAUUCUUUCUGUGUGUAAACCUUUUCUUCAGUUUUUAUAAUAGUGGUCUCAUUACAAUAUUUGUCCUUUUGCGAUUGACUUUAUUUCACUCAGCAAAUGCCUUCCAGAUUAAUCCAUGUUGUGAGAUGUUUUGCACAUUCAUCAUUGUUCUCUAUCGUUGCGUAGUAUUUAAUUGUGUGUAUGUACCAUAAUUUGUUUAUCCAUUCAUCUGCCGAUGGACACUUAGGUUGUUUCCAUCUUUUUGCAAUUAUGAAUAAUGCUACAGUAAACACAGGUGUGCAUAUGUCUAUCUGUGUGAUGGCUCUUCUCUAGGAUAUAUUCUUGGGAGUGGGAUUGCUGGAUCAUACGGUAUUUCUAUUUCUAGCUUUUUAAGGAAGUGCCAUAUCGUUUUCCAUAGUGGUCGAACCAUUUUACAUUCCCACCAGCAGUGGAUAAGAGUUCCAGUCUCCCUACAACCUCUUCAACAUUUGUUAUUUUCUGUUUUUUUUUUAUUAGUGCCAGUAGUGUCAGGGUGAGAUGCUAUCUUAUUGUAGUUUUGAUUUGCAUUUCUCUAAUGACUAAUGAUCGCGAUCUUUUUCUCAUGUAUCUGUUAGCUGCCUGAAUGUCUUCUUUGUUGGAGUGUCUGUUCAUAUUCUUUGCCCAUUUUUUAAUUGGAUCAUUUGUCUUUUUAUUGUUAACAGCGUUGCAAUAUCUUAUAGAUUUUAGAGAUAAGAACCUUGUCAGGUAUGUCAUAAUCAAAAUUUUUUUCCCAGUCCGUAGGUUCUGUUUUUACUCUUUUGGUGAAAUCUUUGAUGAGCCUGUGUUUAUAUUUUUAGGAGAUCCCAGUUAUCUAGUUUAUCUUCUGGUGUUUGUGCAUUGGUAGUUACGGUUUGUAUUCUAUUUAUUCCAUAUAUUAGGGCCCCUAACUUUGUUCCUAUUUUUUCUUCUUUGGUCUUUAUAGUUUUAGGUUUUCUGUUUAGGUCUUUGAUCCAUUUUGAAUUAGUUUCUGUGUAUGGUGUGAGGUAUGGGUCCUGUUUCAUUUUUUCACAGGUGAACAUCCAGUUUUGCCAGCACCAUUUGUUAAAGAGACUGCCUUUUCCCCGUUUAAUGGACUUUAUGACCUUUGUCAAAGAUCAGGUGACCAUAGGUGGAUGGAUUUACUUCUGGGUUCUCCAUUUUGUUCCAUUGGUCUACGUCUUUGUUGUUGUAUCAGUACCAGGCUGUUUGGACUAUCGUGGCUGUAUAGUAGGUUUGGAGAUCAGGUCGUGUGAGACCUCCUACUUUGUUCUUCUUCUUCAAUAAUGCUUUACUUUUCUGGGGCCUCUUUCCUUUCCAGAGCCCUGGUGGUGCAGUGGUUAAGAGCUUAGCUAAUGAAAAGGUCAGCAGUUUGAAUUCAUCAGCCACUCCUUGGAAGCCAUAUGGGGCAGUUCUACUCUGUCCUAUAGGGUCAUUAUGAGUUGACUCAAUGGCAACAUGUUUUUUUGGUUUCUUUCCUUUCCGUAUAAGCUGAUGAUUAGUUUUUCCAUCCUGUUAAAGAGUGCUCUUGUUAUUUGGAUUGUGAUUGCAUUCUGUCUGUAGAUUGCUUUGGGUAGGAUAGGCAUUUUUACAAUGUUGAGUCUUCCAUGGUAUAUUUUUCCAUUUAUGUAGAUCUAUUUUGCUUCCUUGCAAUAGUGUUUUGUAGUUUUCUUUGUAUAGGUCUUUUACAUCCCUGGUUAGAUUUAUUCCUAAGUAAUUUAUUAGGUGCUACUAUUUUCCUGAUUUCCUUUUCAUAGUUCUCUUUGUUGGUAUAUAGGAAUCCAACUGAAUUUUGUAUGUUGAUCUUGUAUCCUGCUACUCUGCUGAAUUUCUCUAUUAGUUCCCGUAGUUUUCUUGUGGAAUCUUUAGGGUUCUGUAUGUAUAGCAUCAUAUCGUCUGCAAAUAGAGAAAAUUUUACUUCUUCCUUACCAAUUUGGAUGCCCUUUAUUUCUUUUUCUUUCUUUAUCACUCUAGCUAGACUUGCACCACAAUGUUAAAUAGGAGUGGUGAUAAAGGGCAUCCUUGUCUUGUUCCUGUUCUCAGGGGGAAUGCUUUCAACCUCUUUCUGCUGAGGAUGAUGUUAGCUGUUGGUCUUGUAUUUUAUUAUUAUGUUAUUAUGUUGAGGAAUUUUCCUUCUAUUCCUAUUUUAUUCAGAGUUUUUAUCAGGAAUGGGUGUUGGACUUUGUAAAUGCCUUUUAUACAUUGAUUGAGAUAGUUAUGUGUGGUGGAUUACAUUGACUGAUUUUCUAAUGUCGAACCAUCUGUGUAUACUUGUUAUGAACCCUAUUUGGUUGUAGUGCAUUAUUAUUAUUAUUUUUGUAUGGUGCCGAAUUCUAUUGGCUAGAACUUUAUUGAAAAUUUUUGCAUCUAUAUUCCUGAGAGAUACCGGGUCUGUAAUUUUCUUUUUGUGGUGUCUUUGCCUGGCCUUGGUAUCAGGGUUAUGAUGGCUUCAUAGGAUGAACUUGGGAGUAUCCCUUCCUUUUCUGUGAACAUUUGAUUUCUUGACUGCUGCUUCCAUGGGCAUUGAUUGUAGAGCCGAGUAAAAUGAAAUCCAUGACAAUUUCAGUAUUUUCUCACUUUACUAUGUUGUUGCUUAUUGGCCCAAUUGUGAGAAUUUUUGUUUUCUUUAUGUUGAGGUGUAUGUAAUCCAUCUUCAUCAGUAAGUGCCUGCCUGGAGGACUUGUUAGAACAGAUUGCUGGCCUCCACCCACAGACUUUUCAAUUCAGAGGAUGGGGUGGGGCCCGAGGAUUUGCAUUUCUAACAAGUUCCCAGGUGGUACUGAUGAUGCUGAUCCAGGGGCCACACUUAAGGAAUCGUCGUUUUAGGGGUUUGAGACAGUGAUCAGUUUCCUUCUCCCUUUAAUUUUCUGUUCCCUUGAGGGACAUUUCCCUGCAUACACCACUGGUACUUGUUAUCCCUUUGAAAGUCUGCUGCCCACAAAUGGUAAUGAUUGUUUGGAUGAAGCCUGACCAGGGCCAUAGCUUCGACACAGUUGCCCCCUCCUGACUCUGUGCUUAGCCAUGAGCUUUCUUUCUCAUUUGUUUUUCCCAGGUUGCCUGAUGGAUUGUGCUUUCUCUGGGAUUUAAAUGUAGCCGAUGCGUUCAGGAGAGCAGUAGGAAGAGAUCACCUAAAGCCCAAGUGGGCCAAGGAGCUAAAUACUGUUGUCUGGAAGAAAUAAGAUUUUUUCCCCCCAGUGUAAAGUGCUUGAGUAGAGUAGAAGUUUGUCUUGGGGCAGACUGAGUUGGGGCUGGUAGCCAGUAGUGUGAUCAUAGGUGGAAUUUGGGAGUCCGAUCCCAUAUGGUGGCAGUGUCAGAUUCUCUUAGCAGGUAAGAGGACACCUGCAAGAAAAGCAAGGUCAGUGCUCAGCUGAACCAAACCUUUUGCCCUUGUCCUUCACCAAAGAUGUUUCUAAAAUAGUUUCUAAAAGAUGCAGAUUUGGUAACCCCUUAGACUUCUCUUUAUUUUCCUGCUCCAUGCCUACAAUUGCUUUCUCUUUCCUUGAACUUGUCUCCCAGCCACAUAGUUGAACAGUUACUUUAUAUAGCCUAGUUGUGUCUUUUGAGUUCACAGGGGAUGUGUGUCCUAGGAUCAGUUUUACUCUGUCUCUUAGCUUCAAACUCCUGGCCGGUUUUGUCUGCCUUUUCUGCCUCUGGUGGGUGCUUCCGCCCACUCGGGUGAUCAUGGGUUGGGUCACACACUUUGAGAGCUUGGCUGUACCAUCUCAGUCUCAUUUCCCUUUCUGACUUCUCUGAUUGUAUCCUAUCGUUGCCUUCUUUUUUUCUCUUCCCCUUGUUGCCCCUGCCUUCUUCCAUACUGUCUGAAAGGCCUUCUCAGCCUUCCGGGAAUUUUUGGCCUAUGGCUAAACUUCCCCAUUGUGGGCAAGCACCGGCACCCUCUGGCCAUUUUACUAUUAGACAAACUGAGGGAAUUAGUGAGGCUCUAGGGUCUUAAUUUGAAGUGGUGUGGGAGACAGUGAGAAGGUAUCCUUUGCCCCAAGUUUGUGAUUUAAUAGUAGAGCUUGAAGUGGGCAGUGUCUUCAGAAGCCAUGGAUCCAGCAAAAGGGAGAUGUGUCUGGCCAAAGUAGGCUAAACUCAGGGUCAGAAAUGUGGGGCUCAGAGCAGAGGGUCCCCCAGGACACAGAUCUCAGAACAUCACGGUAGAAGGACAUCUAAGAUUGCCUUGUCUACUGCCCCUGUAGCCUGGACUGGAGGCAGGGACAAGCCAGAGGGCUGCUUAUAUCUACCAUGUCUCCCUCUUCCCCCAAGCACCAUUUGACCUGUUUUAUUUGUUUAGUCUUUUAAGACAAGAGUUCAUUUGAAGAAAGGUCUAUGGCUAAAGAAAAAUUGGCAGAGGGUGAGGGUACACUAGUAUUGCACAAAUCCUCAUUUUACAAACGGGCAAAUAGACAAUCAGAGAGGAGAAGAAGAAAACUGUGUUCUAUACCUCAAGGAAUGACAAACAGGAAAGAUAUUAGAGUAGGAGAGAGAGAGAGAAAGUGCCUAAAAGUCUAUAGAGAUAGUGUCACAAGACGAAUUACCUCAGGAGCCUGUUUGAGAGAUUGUGUCAUGUCAGAAAAGUUUUAGGGACUUGAGCCUCUUUCCUUCAUGAGAGGAUGAGAAUGAAACACCAGCCCCUCAGUCUGACUCCUAGAAAAAGGAACCGCGGGCUGAUGAGCAAUAAGUCCGACAAUGUUAUUCACUGGCCAUGCAAGCCCCACAGGAAAUAUCAAAACUUCAGGACGGGACAAGGCUCCACAAGAAUGUCGCUGCAGCCAGAGCUUUGUGGUUUGAUGCCACCAGAGAAUUUCCUAGGGGAAGGGUUAUGAGGGAAAUUGCACAAUGAGACAAAAAGCUGCUACACUGAGGACUGCAAAUGCCUUUCCAGGACUCCUGUGGAGGUUUAAAGGCCCCUUAUUUUUUAGGUUUACCCAGCUAUCAUUGUCCCAUUGUUAAGCGCUCAGCUGCUAAGCAAAAGGUCGGUGGUUCAAACCCACCAGCUGCUCUACAGGAGAGAGAUGUGGCAGUUUGCUUCUGUAAAGUUUACAGCUUUGGAAACCCUAUAGGGCAGUUCUACUUUGUCCUGUAGGGUCGCUAUGAGUUGGAAUUGACUCCACAGCGAUGGGUUUGGUUUGGUUUUAGCUCACAGUAGCCCUGAGGCUGACACCGGAUGGAGCAGUCUCUCAAGGAUUUCAAAGUCCAGUCCAUGGAGGGAUGGUUUUAUCAAUUGACCUGAUAAAGCACAAGGGCCUGACCCUGAGGACCUGUUGUUUGUGAAGCCAGGCUUUCAUGGCUCCAGAGGGAUCAGUGAGGUUUGAAUUUUAAACCUAGGCAUAUCCAGGGCAGAGGUUAGAGGGCUAUACCAAAAACUAAAAACCACCUCAAAGGAGAAUGGUCAGUUUCUACCUUUGCUUUCUUUGGUGUGUGUUUCUCAUUCAUUAAAGUUGAGAGGAAGAAUUAAAAAGGAGCAGUCUGUGUACAAGUAAAUCAGUAAAGCAUCUUUCCCCGUAAUAAAUACACAUUAUUCAACAAGUACUGAGUUCUGAUUGCUGCAUGGACGAGCCCCUCUUUCACACUGGAACUGUAUCAGUGGACAAAGCAAAGUCCUACCCCGUCGACUGUUCCUUCUAGGAAUGAAAGACAGAUGAAUACUGUUUCAGGUGGUGGUUAAGUGCUAUGGAGAAAACUUAGGGGAAGAAGAAUAGAAAGUGUGGAGCUGCUAAUCAAGAAGGCCUUUCAGGUAAGGUGACAUUUGAGAAAGGCCUGAAGGAAGUGAGGGAGCAGGUAACGUGGGUAUCUGGGGGAAGAAGGUUCCCAGACAGAACAACGAAGGCAGCAGCCAGCAGGAACAUGCCUGCUGGGCUGGAGGAACUGCAAGGAGGCCAGCAUGGCUGGGGCA